UGUCAUGGCGCUCUGUGGACUGUCCUUGCUUUGCUUCCUCGUCCCUCCAGUGAGAGCAGGAACAGCGGCAGGAAACGGUGAGAUGGCAAGAAGGAAGUUGAAAGAUUUCACGACAUUGGAGCUUAUGCUCAGUGUUCUUCUGCUUAUGGUAUUUAUCAUCACUAUUCCUCUGUUUGUGCUUUCAGCUAAAGAGUCUUCGGAAUCAAAAGAUCCUGGGACAACAGUUACACCAGAUCCAAGUACCACCCCUGAAUCUGCUGUGUGCCCAGUGGUAAAUGAAGUGGAACGGAUAAAUUGCAUCCCUGACCAGCCACCAACAAAGGCCACAUGUGAUCAGCGUGGGUGCUGCUGGAGACCUCAGGGGACCAUAAGUGUGCCCUGGUGCUACUAUUCUAGAAAUCAUGGUUAUCAAAUGGAGGGUAACCUUGUCACAACAAAUGCAGGAUUCACAGCCCAGUUGAAAAGGUUGCCUUCUCCAUCCCUGUUUGGAAAUGAUGUCAACAAUGUCCUUCUCACAGCAGAAUACCAGACGUCCAAUCGUUUCCACUUUAAGCUAACUGACCAGAGCAAGGACAGGUAUGAAGUACCUCAUGAACAUGUGCAACCUUUCAAAGGAAAUGCUGCUUCUCCCUUGACCUAUGAAGUUAUGGUCUCCCAACAGCCAUUUAGCAUCAAAGUGAUCAGAAGAAGUAAUAAUCGUGUUUUGUUGGACUCAGGCAUUGGACCCCUCCUAUUUGCCGAUCAGUUCCUGCAGCUCUCCAUGCGACUGCCCAGUGCUAACGUGUAUGGUCUGGGAGAACAGGUGCACCAGCAGUACCGGCAUGAUAUGAAUUGGAAGACCUGGGCCAUGUUUGCCAGGGACACAACCCCCAAUGGGGAGGGAUCUAAUUUAUAUGGUACACAGACAUUCUUCCUGUGUCUUGAAGAUGCUAGUGGAUUGUCUUUUGGAGUGUUUCUGAUGAACAGCAAUGCCAUGGAGGUUGCCCUCCAGCCUGCCCCAGCUGUCACUUACCGCACCAUCGGGGGCAUUCUCGACUUCUAUGUGUUUUUGGGAAACACUCCAGAGCAAGUCGUUCAAGAGUAUCUAGAGCUCAUUGGACGGCCAGUCCUUCCCUCAUACUGGGCACUUGGAUUCCAUCUCAGUCGUUACGAUUAUGGAACACUGGAGAGCUUGAGGGAAGUCAUGGAGAGAAACCGUGCGGCAGGGCUCCCUUAUGAUGUCCAGCAUGCCGAUAUUGAUUACAUGGAUGAGAGGAAGGACUUCACUUACGACCCAGUCAAUUUUAAAGGCUUCCCUGAGUUUGUUAAAGAGUUACACAGGAACAGUCAGAAGCUGGUCAUCAUUGUGGAUCCAGCCAUCUCCAGCAGCUCUUCCCCCAGCAAUCCCUAUGGCCCAUAUGAUAGGGGUUCCAGCAUGAAGAUAUGGGUGAAUGCUUCAGAUGGGGUGACCCCACUCAUUGGGGAGGUCUGGCCUGGAAAAACUGUGUUUCCUGAUUAUACCAACCCCAACUGUGCUGUUUGGUGGACAAAAGAAUUUGAGCUUUUCCACAACCAAGUAGAGUUUGAUGGAAUCUGGAUUGAUAUGAAUGAAAUCUCCAACUUCGUUGAUGGUUCCGUUUCAGGAUGUUCCACGAACAAUCUAAAUUACCCUCCAUUCACUCCUAGAAUCCUGGAUGGGUACCUGUUCUGCAAGACUCUCUGCAUGGAUGCAGAGCAGCACUGGGGCAAGCAGUAUGAUGUCCACAAUCUGUACGGCUACUCCAUGGCGAUUGCCACGGCAGAAGCUGUCAAGACUGUGUUCCCUAAUAAGAGAAGCUUUAUUAUAACCCGUUCUACCUUCGCGGGAUCUGGCAAGUUUGCAGCCCACUGGUUGGGAGACAACGCGGCCACCUGGAAUGAUCUUCGGUGGUCCAUCCCUGGGAUGCUGGAAUUCAAUCUUUUUGGUAUCCCAAUGGUGGGUGCUGACAUAUGUGGCUUUGCACUGGAUGCCCCUGAGGAGCUCUGCAGGCGAUGGAUGCAGCUGGGGGCAUUCUAUCCAUUUUCCAGGAAUCACAAUGGCCAAGGCUAUAAGGCCCAGGAUCCUGCCUCUUUUGGAGCUGACUCUCUGCUGUUGAACUCCUCCAGGCACUACCUUACCAUCCGCUACACCCUGUUACCCUACCUCUAUACCCUCUUCUACCGCGCCCACAGCCGGGGGGACACGGUGGCCAGGCCCCUUCUGCACGAGUUCUAUGGGGACAGCAGUACAUGGGAUGUGCACCAGCAGUUUUUAUGGGGCCCUGGGCUCCUCAUCACUCCGGUUCUGGAUGAGGGUGCAGAGAAAGUGACGGCAUAUAUGCCUGAUGCUGUCUGGUACGAUUACGAGACUGGGGCCCGAGUGAGAUGGAGGAAGCAAAGCGUGGAGAUGGAACUUCCUGGAGACAAAAUCGGACUUCACCUUCGAGGAGGCCACAUCUUCCCCACACAACAGCCAGCCACCACCACAGUGGCCAGCCGCCGGAACCCUCUGGGUCUUAUCAUUGCCCUAGAUGAUAACAAAGAAGCAAAAGGCGAACUUUUCUGGGAUGAUGGGGAAACUAAAGAUACUGUGGCCAAUCAAGUUUAUCUCUUUUGUGAGUUUUCUGCCACCCAAAACCACUUGGAUGUGAAGAUUUUGCAGUCGACAUACAAAGACCCCAAUAAUUUAGUAUUUAAAGAGAUUAAAAUUCUUGGUACCCAGGAACCUACCAAUGUUACCGUGAAACACAAUGGUGUCCCAAGUCAGAUUUCUCCUAUUGUCACUUAUGAUUCUAACCUACAGGUUGCUCUGAUCAGGGGAAUCGAUCUUAUCCUGGGAGAAGCAUACACAGUGGAGUGGGCCCUGAAGAUAAAGGAUGCAGAAAAAAUAGACUGUUUCCCUGAUGAGAGCGGUGCUUCUGCAGAAAACUGUACUGCCCGUGGCUGUGCCUGGGAGGAACCCACUUCUCCAGGAGCCCCGUUUUGUUAUUUCAUCAAUGAUCUAUACUCUGUUGGUGACAUUCAGUACCACUCACAUGGAGCCACCGCGACCCUGUCUUUAAAGUCUUCUCUCUAUGCCUCCGCUCUGCCCUCAGUACCUGUGACCGACCUCCGUCUGCAUAUGACCUAUCAUAAGAAUGACAUGCUGCAGUUUAAGAUUUAUGAUCCCAACAAUAAUCGGUAUGAGGUCCCGGUUCCUCUCAACAUACCCACAGUUCCUUCCAGCACCUCCGAGAGUCGACUCUACAAUGUCCUUAUUAAGAAGAAUCCAUUUGGGAUUGAAAUUCGCCGGAAGAAUACAGGCACUGUAAUUUGGGACUCUCAGCUCCUUGGUUUUACCUUCAAUGACAUGUUCAUCCGCAUCUCUACUCGCCUUCCCUCCCAGUACAUCUAUGGCUUUGGGGAAACUGAGCACACAGCCUUUCGGAGAGACUUGAACUGGCACACAUGGGGGAUGUUCUCCAGAGACCAGCCCCCAGGGUAUAAGAAGAAUUCCUAUGGUGUCCACCCCUACUACAUGGCACUGGAGGAGGAUGGAAGUGCCCAUGGGGUGCUCCUGCUAAACAGCAAUGCCAUGGAUGUGACCUUCCAGCCCCUUCCUGCCUUGACAUACCGCACCAUAGGAGGAAUUCUGGACUUUUAUGUGUUUUUGGGGCCAACUCCAGAGCUUGUCACUCAGCAGUAUACUGAGCUGAUUGGUCGGCCAGUGAUGGUUCCUUAUUGGUCCUUGGGGUUUCAGCUGUGUCGCUAUGGAUACCAGAAUGACUCUGAGAUUGCCAGCUUGUAUGAUGAGAUGGUGGCUGCCCAGAUCCCUUAUGACGUGCAGUACUCGGAUAUCGACUACAUGGAGCGGCAGCUGGACUUCACCCUCAGCCCCAAGUUCCUGGGGUUUCCAGCCCUGAUUAAUCGCAUGAAGGAUGACGGGAUGCGGGUCAUCCUCAUUCUGGACCCCGCUAUUUCUGGUAAUGAGACACAGAACUAUCCUGCAUUCACUCGGGGUGUGGAAGAUGAUGUCUUCAUCAAAGCUCCAGAUGGUGGAGGCAUUGUCUGGGGAAAGGUGUGGCCUGAUUUCCCUGAUGUCGUUAUAAAUGGGUCUCUAGACUGGGAGACGCAAGUGGAGCUAUACCGAGCUUAUGUGGCCUUUCCUGACUUUUUCCGUAACUCAACUACCACGUGGUGGAAGAGGGAGUUGCAAGAACUCUACACCAACCCGCGGAAUCCAGAGAGGAGCUUGAAGUUUGACGGCAUGUGGAUUGAUAUGAAUGAGCCAGCGAGUUUUGUGAAUGGAGCAGUUCCCCCGGGCUGCAAGGAUGCCACUCUGAACCACCCUCCCUAUAUGCCAUAUUUGGAGUCCAGGGACAGGGGCCUCAGCAGCAAGACCCUGUGCAUGGAGAGUGAGCAGAUCCUGCCUGAUGGCUCUCGGGUGCGGCACUACGACGUUCACAGCCUGUACGGAUGGGCCCAAACCAGACCCACCUAUGAAGCUGUGCAGGAGGUGACAGGACAGAGAGGGAUUGUCAUCACCCGCUCCACGUUUCCUACUUCUGGCCGCUGGGGAGGUCACUGGCUGGGCGACAACACAGCUGCCUGGGACCAGCUGAAGAAGUCUAUUAUUGGCAUGAUGGAGUUCAGCCUCUUUGGCAUAUCUUAUACAGGAGCAGAUAUUUGUGGGUUCUUUCAAGAUGCUGAAUAUGAGAUGUGUGCUCGCUGGAUGCAGCUGGGAGCCUUUUAUCCUUUUUCGAGGAACCACAAUACCAUUGGGACCAGGAGGCAAGAUCCUGUGUCCUGGGAUGCUGCCUUCAUGAAUAUUUCCAGAAGUGUGCUGCUGACCAGAUACACCCUGUUGCCGUAUCUCUACACCCUGAUGCAUAUGGCCCACACGGAGGGCAGCACUGUUGUGCGGCCUCUUCUCCACGAGUUUGUGUCAGACCGGGUGACCUGGGAUGUAGACAGUCAGUUUCUGCUGGGCCCAGCCUUCCUGGUCAGCCCGGUCCUGGAGCCGAAUGCCAGAAAUGUCACUGCGUAUUUCCCCAGAGCCCGCUGGUAUGAUUACUACACGGGUAGGGACAUUGGAGCAAGGGGAGAGUGGAAGUUCUUGGAGGCCCCUCUUGACCACAUUAAUCUUCACGUCCGUGGGGGCUACAUCCUGCCCUGGCAAGAGCCUGCACAGAACACGCACUUAAGCCGUCAGAAAUUCAUAGGCUUCAAGGUUGCCUUGGAUGAUGAGGGGACUGCUAAAGGCUGGCUCUUCUGGGAUGAUGGGGAAAGCAUUGAUACCUAUGGAAAAGGACUCUAUUACCUGGCCAACUUUUCUGUCAAUCAGAAUAUGAUGCAGAGUCAUAUAAUUUUCAACAAAUACAUCACUGAUUCAAACCCUUUGAAACUGGGCUACGUUGAGAUCUGGGGAGUGGGCCGUGUUCCCAUUUCCAGUGUCAGCAUCUCUAUGAGCAGCAUGGUGAUAACGCCCGCCUUCAGUUAUGACCCCAUGACACAGGUGUUAAGCAUUGAUGUGACCACCAGAGACAUCAGCCUCCAUAAUUUCAUUUCACUGACGUGGAGCACUCUUUGAAUUUUUAGAACAAGAUCUUAAUUACGAACAGCUUUGGAACUACUUAUAUUUCAUGCUCAUAAAAUUAUUGUGUGUUCUUAAUUGGUUCAUGCUUAGUAUGGGUAAAGUAUUUUAUUAAUUUUGUUAUAUAUUUUGUCUAUGUCUUAGCCCUGUGGUAUAGGCCAUAGGGAAGUGUGGGAAGUCUAUGGGUUGUCUUCCUAUUGAUAAACAUGGUACUAAUGGCUCAUCAUACAAUAUCUACUGAAGAUGAAUUGGGUCCAUGAUGAAGGGGCGUAUGUGUGUGAUCAGGGAUGGGCUCCACUCUUGCUAAAUACACAAGAUAAAGCUUGCCAGCACAGUUCCAGGUCCUGGGGUUGACUAAUGCCUCAAGAAAGUAUGCAGAAAGAACAUCUGCUUGUAGUUUAUAGGGGGAGGGGAGCAAUUGGCUGAUAGCACGAUAUGAGAGGAAAGAAAGGAAAUACAGGAAAGGUUAGCAGGAAGGAUGAGAGGAAACAGAAGAUAGUGAUAAAAAAUGAUCAUGACAGGUAAUAUGAAAACACAAAAAUCUAAGUAAUGGUAGCCUCAUGGGAAGGGCCAACUCACAUGAAAGCCAGAAGACAGAUGGGGGAACACAGAGUAUGGAAGUAUGGGUGAGGAUGAGAUUGAAGCAGGCAAAACUGAAGAAAGGAGUUUGAAUGUAAAAGAUGUAACUUAUUUUUGCAGUGAUAUGCUUUGAAAUGUGUAAAUCUUAUUUCUUCGCUCUGUGCCUAACAUGUAUAACCACAGUUGACACAAAUGCAUGCAACUUAAAUGCCAGAGAAAAAUAAAACAAGCAAAUUUACAAGA